AUGGCCGUGGAACUCUGUUUGCUGCUGCUGCUGUUUUGUGGGAGUACUAUUUCAGAGGUACAGCCUAUAUACAAACCGCCUCCUGGGACUUUGGAUUUUGGAUUUGUACCAGCCAAGACUUAUGAUACAGGUGCAUACCAUGAACCUGGGCCAAUAGGAAUUUUGUUUAAAAUAGUACAUGCAUUCCUGUACUUAGUGCAGCCAAAUUCUUUUCCUCAAGAUCUCAUCAGAAAACUAGCACAGCAGAAGUUUGGGAAUACACAGGGCGAUUAUCAAAAGCCAGAAAAUGUUGUCCUGACGCUUCAGGCCAUCUACUAUGAAAUCGGUUUUAUAGUCUCCGCAGCCUUGGGAUUGCUAUUUAUUUUGUUACUGCCUCUUGUGGGACUUUGCUUCUGUAUGUGUCGUUGCUGUGACAACUGUGGUGGGGAAAUGCAUCAAAGACAGAAGAAAAAUGCUGACUGUCAGAGGAGCUGUUUUGCAACAUUUCUUUUUGUUGCUUCUUUAAUAAUAAGCGUUGGAGUACUCUGUGCAUAUGCUGCCAACCAGCAUUUAACUAACCAAGUCCGAGGAGCAAAGAAACUGGUUAACAGUAAUUUUAAAGACCUGAAAACUUUCCUUAACGAUACUCCAGCGCAAAUUGACUACUUGGUGAGCCAGUACAACACAACUAAGGAUAAAGCACUCUCUGACCUAAAUAAUGUUGGACCUUUGCUUGGAAGUAGAGUUCAAGAACAGCUGGGAAAAGAAGUGCGUCCCGCACUUGAUGCGGUUCUGACAAUGGCAGGAGCCAUUAGAGAAACGAAGGAAGCACUGGAGAAUGUGAGUGUCUCUGUAGAAGUUUUGCAGGAGGGAACAGAAAGGCUUCAUGCAAACUUGACAGAUGUUAAAAUGCAUCUAAGCAACACCCUCAAUGAUUCUGCAUGCUCUGCCGCUCAGGCUGCCUCAACUUGCAAUAUCAUCAGGAAUUCGUUAAAUCAACUGAACAUCAAUGCCAAUUUUAGUGGGUUGCCAGGAGUGAACUCACAGCUUGCCAAGGUCAAUGAUGUCCUUAAAACAGACCUUUCUAGUCUGGUUCAAAAGGGUUAUGCAGCAUUUAAUGAUACUCCAGAUUUAGUGGUGAAUCAAACCAGGAACAUUUUAUCAGCUGUUCCUUAUAUCAAAAAUGUGCUGGAAACCAUUGGUUCAAAUAUCACUACCUUCACAAAAAUGCUCCCUGUUCAGAAGAUUUUAGCAGAUUUGACGAUAUAUCUUACACAGAGUGAAGCAUACGUUCAAGAUUAUUUUCCAGUAGUGGAACAGUACGAUUUCUACAGGUGGCUGGGUUGUCUCAUUCUGUGCUGCAUGGUGGUACUGAUUCUGGUCUUUUACUAUCUCGGACUGCUAUGUGGCACCUGUGGUUAUGAUAAACAUGCUUCUCCAACAACCAGAGGCUGCAUCUCCAACACUGGAGGAAACUUUCUUAUGGCUGGUGUUGGAUUCAGUUUUCUUUUCUCCUGGGUGCUGAUGAUUGUGGUGGUGCUCACUUUUGUCACAGGUGGAAAUGUAGAAAAACUGGUCUGUGAGCCCUUUGAAGAUAAAACCUUAUUCAAGGUUUUGGAUACUCCCUACUUACUAAAUCAGCAUUGGAAAAACUAUCUUUCUGGCAUCCUGUUUAAAAAUCCGAAUAUUAACUUGACUUUUGAAAAAGUGUACAGUGAUUGCAAAGAAAACAAAGGAAUUUAUACUUCCCUUCACCUAGAACACCUGUUCAAUAUUGAUGAAUUUCUAAAUAUUAGCAUGUAUACCGAAGAUGUAGCGCUUAAAAUUGAACAUAUUCAGAUAAACCUCAGCAAAAUCAUUCUGCUGGAUGAAAUUGGGAAGGAGAAUCUUCUGAAUUUCAGCUCUUCAGGAAUAGAAGGGAUAAACUUUGCAGCAUAUUUGACAGAGAUCAACAAAAGUGUUACCAAGGUUGAUCUUCUGUCAUUUGCUAAUGACUUAGAAGCAAGAGCAGACCAGCUGCCAAAAGGAGCACUGGAAAACGCCUUAAAAGGACACGCAAACAACAUUCGAAUGAUUCAUAACCAGCAAGUCGUUCCGCUAGAGCAAGCUAUGAGCACUUUAAAUCAGAGCAUUAGGUUACUGAAGAGGACGUCAUCUGAACUUACAGUUAAGGUGAAAAAUGUCAUUAGUGCUGUUAAUGCUGCCCAGCUUCUCAUAAAUAACAACGCUUCUCUAGUUAUUGUCCAGGAGACAAAGAAGUACAUGGAUACCAUAGUUGGCUACUUUGAGCAAUACAUUGAGUGGGUCAAGGAGUCGAUUGCCAUGGAGGUAGCAGCAUGCAAGCCUAUUGCCAAUGUGAUAGAUACAGCAGUAGAUAUUUUUUUAUGCAGCUAUAUAACUGAUUCUGUGAAUACCUUCUGGUUUGGUUUGGGAGGCUCUUCAAUAUUUUUAAUUCCUGCCAUAAUUUUUGCUGUGAAACUCUCCAAAUACUAUCGUAGAAUGGAUACAGAGGAUGUAUAUGAUGAUACAGAAAAUGGUAAUAAUGGUUAUCAUAAAGAGCAUUUAUAUGGUACACACAAUCCUGUUUUUACAAGCUCUGUGGAACAGUGGUAA